AUGUGCCACGGACAUCCCCAUUACCACCCUUGUCGACAUACCUCGGUCAAGUGGCUCUAUUGUCCAGAGGCCGUAUUCGAUCUAGACACCGGCUACGAGACCCCUUGCUCCAAUCCAAUAUACUCGACGCCGCAGCCCACCAGUGUCGACUGCCCACUCCAGAGCUGCAACUUCAAGCCGUUGAAGGGCAGCUGGAUCUGCUGUGUGUGCGGCCAAGGCCCAAACACGCAAGGCUGGUGCACAACGAUAACACGCGGUUACGGGUACAACACAGACACAGGCCAGGUCGAGGCCAUGGACGCGCCCUGUUCGCACGGUUGCUGCAGCAAGUGCACUCGAUCUUCAAACUCGACGAGUUCAAGCCCCGAGCUGUCGUUCUCGGAAAUCCGCAAGGGGAAAUCCAGCCGGAAGGGUCACAGUAGUGGGAGGAGCUCUGCACACAAACGAGGUACCACCAAUGAAUUUGGCGGUAGCUUUGCUCCAGUUGUUGAGGAAGAAGAGCCGGCCGCGUCGUCGUCGUCGACACCGAGCUACCGACCAUCUCGCAAGCCGGCAUACGACCAGGGCGGCGAGUACUCGUCGAAGAAGGCCAAGGGAUCUAGUAGCAAGAGGAAGUCCCAUAAAAGCCGGAGUCACCACUAA